CGGGGGCGGGGGGCGGGCUCCUCUCUUCCCGGCGGACCGCCGCCUGCCUGCUCUCUGCAGCUCCUUCCCAGGCCCCGACGGCGCCCCUCUCCUCGGCCUGCCCGGCGGCCAACACGCAACCCCGAGGCUGGGAAUUGCCGGCCCCCGGCUCCCUGCCCCGACGGAACCGUGGCGGCAGGGCCGACCCCACCCACCAUAGCCUCCCGUUGGGGUCAGACACCCGCGCCUCCGCGAUCCAGCUCCGAGCCGGGCCACGUAAGGAGUGAGAUCCUGGCCGGGCGCGAGACCACCUCGCGGUCCCUGGUGCUUGGUCAGAGCGGAGGCGGGGAGCGCAGCCAGACGGGGCUGCCAGCUCUUUCCCCAGCCCGCGAGGGGGCGCCGCGUCCCCAUGACAACGCGGACACCCCACCCCCCUGCAUCCCGGCAGGGCAGCGCCCCCCUCGAAGCAGCCCUGGCGACCGUGGGCGGUGCCCCCACAGUGACCGAGCGGGGAGCAGCCGGCCGGUUCCAGUGAGGGGCGCGCGUAGCUGGGGUCCCCGACGCCCCGGGAGGUGCCCCCCGCGCGUCGCCGUUGGGUGGCCGGCCCGGGGCGGGCGGCACGGCCCCUCCAGGAUUGGCUGCUUCCCCGUGACAUCACGCGGCUCGGAGAAAAGUGCGAGCGUGAGCGCGAGUCGGAGCCACAGCGCCGGGAGCUGCGGGCGGAGCAGGGGCCGCCCCUCGGCACCCCGUCCCCGCCCCCGGCCCGCGGCCCGGCCGCCCGCCCCGCCCGCUGGCCCGUGGGGCCGCCCGCCUGUCCCGCCGUCUGUCAGGUGCGAGGGGAGCGGGGCGGAGGUGUCUGACACGGCCCCCCCACGCCCCCGACGGCUAAGCAAAAUGGCGAACUUCACACCAGUGAAUGGCAGCUCGGGUAACCAGUCUGUGCGCCUGGUCACAUCAACCCAUAACCGCUACGAGACAGUGGAGAUGGUAUUCAUCGCCACGGUGACAGGCUCCCUGAGCCUGGUGACGGUGGUGGGCAACAUCCUGGUGAUGCUGUCCAUCAAAGUCAACAGGCAGCUGCAGACAGUCAACAACUACUUUCUCUUCAGCCUGGCGUGCGCCGACCUCAUCAUCGGCGCGUUCUCCAUGAACCUCUACACCGUCUACAUCAUCAAGGGCUACUGGCCUCUGGGCGCCGUGGUCUGUGACCUGUGGCUGGCCCUGGACUACGUGGUGAGCAAUGCCUCGGUCAUGAACCUCCUCAUUAUCAGCUUUGACCGGUACUUCUGCGUCACCAAGCCUCUCACCUACCCCGCCCGGCGCACCACCAAGAUGGCAGGCCUCAUGAUCGCCGCUGCCUGGGUCCUGUCCUUCGUGCUCUGGGCACCUGCCAUCUUGUUCUGGCAGUUUGUGGUGGGCAAGCGGACAGUGCCGGACAACCAGUGCUUCAUCCAGUUCCUGUCCAACCCGGCGGUGACCUUCGGCACGGCCAUCGCUGCCUUCUAUCUGCCCGUGGUCAUCAUGACCGUUCUCUAUAUUCACAUCUCCCUGGCCAGUCGCAGCCGAGUUCACAAGCACCGGUCCGAGGGCCCCAAGGAGAAGAAAGCCAAGACGCUGGCCUUCCUCAAGAGCCCCCUGAUGAAGCAGAGCGUAAAGAAACCCCCACCAGGGGAAGCCACUCGGGAGGGGCUGCGCAACGGGAAGCUAGAGGAGGCCCCUCCGCCGGUCCUGCCACCCCCGCCACGUCCAAUGGCUGACAAGGACACUUCCAAUGAGUCCAGCUCGGGCAGUGCCACCCAGAACACCAAGGAACGACCACCCACCGAGCUGUCCACCACAGAGGCCACCACGCCUGCCACGCCCGCCCCUUGCCUACAGCCACGGGCCCUCAACCCUGCCUCCAAAUGGUCCAAGAUCCAGAUUGUGACGAAGCAGACAGGCAACGAGUGUGUGACAGCCAUCGAGAUUGUGCCUGCCACGCCAGCUGGCAUGCGUCCGGCGGCCAACGUGGCCCGCAAAUUUGCCAGCAUCGCCCGCAACCAGGUGCGCAAGAAGCGGCAGAUGGCGGCCCGGGAGCGCAAGGUGACACGGACCAUCUUUGCCAUUCUGCUGGCCUUCAUCCUCACCUGGACGCCCUACAACGUCAUGGUCCUGGUGAACACCUUCUGCCAGAGCUGCAUCCCUGACACGGUGUGGUCCAUCGGCUACUGGCUCUGCUAUGUCAACAGCACCAUCAACCCUGCCUGCUACGCCCUCUGCAACGCGACCUUUAAAAAGACAUUCAGGCACCUGCUGCUAUGCCAGUAUCGGAACAUCGGCACUGCCAGGUAGGCAGGCAGGGGUGCCGCAGGAGGUGCUGGUGGUCGCAUGUGUGCACUGGGGGACCACACAGGCCAGCUGCUGUGGGGCAGAGAUUUGCAGGCACCUCUCCAUGUUCUUGUUCACUGAAGAGGAGAACUGAGGUCCCCAAGACCCUGCGAGCUCAGGAAAAGGCUCUGGCUGGAAUCGGAGAGACCAGAUCUCUGCUCAGGCCGGGGAGGGUCAGCCCCAGGAAGCAUCUGCACCAGGACUGCCUGGUCCCCUCUGUUGCCCUGCCUCAGGGAGCUGGGGGCACUGGUCUACGUGGGCUCCUGCCCCCUGUGACCAACCAGCGUGGCUGAGACAAUGGACAAUGGAGCCCGAAGCUCAGGCUCCCCUCGGGAGGAGGGAAGGCGCCUGUGCUUGGGAAAGGAGGCUGCGAGGGCAGUGGAAGGGUGGGGCCCUCCAUUCUGCUGUAAUUGGUGCUUGGUCCCCCCUGCACCCCGCAUGUAGGCUCAGCCCCCUUGUCCCAAAUCCCACUCCAGGGCAGAAAUCCCCCACUUGCUGCAGCUACUCAGCCAGGUUCUGGUUGGGCGGGUGGGCUUGCUGGAGGCCAGGCAGAGAGGGCUCUGAGGUACGCCCCCCACACCCGGCAGGUCAUACUCGGAUGGGCCAGCUCGGAGCAAAGAGAUUCACACUUAGGACGAGAUUCACACUUAGCACCGUGGUCCCAAGCUGAGGGGGAAUAAUUCACCUUAUUCUGAAGAGCCCUCCCCUGUCCCCAAGGGGGUCACACAGACGGAAGGUGGCGCUGCGGUGGGCAGUGUUCCCCGCUGGGCUCUGCAGAGUGUGAGCGAGGCCUGGGUCACCAGAUGAGAACAGGGGUGGACUUGACCCAGUGACAGGGGGGUGGCGGCCCUUAGAGCGGCCCCAUCUCUACUCUCCCAGUGGCUGGAACCUUGCUGAUUGGCAGCGGGCUAGACGGAAAGCCCUUUGCCUGAGGUGGGAAUGUCAGUUCUAGAACCUUCAGGGUCCUCUCCCUCAGCCCUGGUGUGGCCCCUAGAGGACCCAGAAAGGCUUAGGGGACCUGAUGGGGGGGGGGUACUCUUUCACGGGUCAGUAAGGGGCUCUGGAA